GAUUUAUUGAACCCCAGUUCUCAAUAAACAACGCCCGGCGCCAACUUGCCCCUUCCCUUUCCUAUCAAGUAAUUCCUGAGAGCGAAACUGUUCCUUAUUCGUUAUGGAUAAACUUAUCGACAGUUUUCUAAGCUUUCCGUCUUCACCAAACAUUUCGGAGUCCGAGCUCCAGAAGCAGAUCCAGAAUCACCUCUCGUUGCUGAAUAGGGCCCCCGCUGCUACGCUUGCGUAUCAACACGCCGGAACUGAUGUGUUGGCUUUGUUGGAUCCUUCGGUCAAUAGCCUUGCAUACCUCUAUGUAUUGGUUGCCCGUAUAGAUCUCGGUCAGAAGGAUGCCAUGGAAGUUGUGUGGAGACAGGUUGUCACAUUUCUCGAGACUUUCAAUCCGAAGCAAGUCCGGUGCGCACAAGAUAUCUUUAGACGACUGGUGGAAUAUUUUUUCUCCUUUGCUACGGAGAGUGGUAAACCUAUCAUUGCCGUCCGCCCCAUAAAGAAAGCGAUUCUACGAUUUAAUCCCGCAAAGUUUUCCUUCCUGCAUCCUCUCUUCCUUCGCUUGUGUUUGGAGGCCAAAUGCUAUCGUGAUGCGGCAGCAAUUGUUGAUAUUGAUAUCGUCGAGUUUCCUUGUGCGAGUACUGGCAAGGUGGUGGAAAAUGCAAGGGCUGGGGAGGUUACAUACCAAGAUGUUCUGACAUACUUCCUGUAUGCUGGAAUGAUUUACAUGGGGAUCAAGGAAUGGAGAAGGGCGGCGGAUUAUCUCACAUAUGCUAUAGUUGCUCCCGGCAGUGCAUGUUCACAAAUUCAAAUAGACGCAUACAAGAAAUACAUACUUGUCGGGCUUCUUCUUGAUGGAAAGUCACUGCCAAUACCCAGAUCUACCACCUCAGUAGCGAACCGAGCUUACAAAGCAUUAAGCAAGCCCUAUGAAUCGUUUGUCGUAGCCUUCAAGGCUGGAAACCCAGAGUUGCUCCGCACAGAGGUUACCCAGCUGGUUGAUGUCUUUAGACAGGACAACAAUACUGGGCUGGCUAUUCAGUGCCUUGAGGCGUUUAGACGGAUGCAAAUAAUUGCGCUCAGGGACACUUAUGUUACCUUAAGUACGGAGGAAAUAUCCAAGAAAGAUUUGGAGGUAACUGGCCGUGGUGGUGACAUGGGCGGGAAGGAGGGUACUGAAGCCGUAAUUCUGGGAAUGAUUGAACGUGAGGAAAUAAGUGCGUCCCUUUCGCACUCGCACCCUAACCCGGAGCAAUCCCAAACAACAGUUCACUUUCAUAAUCACCCUGUGGACGAAAGUUGCAAUCUCGCUGCCCUUCAAGUGGAACUACGCCGCAUCAUGACUCUGAACAAGCAGAUGAAGACGAUCAAUAAAAAGUACGGGAUGAGCAGAGAAUUCAUCCAAUACAUGGUCAAGAUGGCGAAAAUGUCUGGAAGCAGUGUUCUAGCCGGUAUGGCAGAGCCAGAUUUGAUGGACUUUGAUUACGGCUUUAGCUGGGCCGAGGACGAACCUGAGGAGACAAUUAUGCAGGACUUUGAGGAUGAUAUGUAA